CUUGUUAUAAAAGGUACAUAUAUUUUUGUUUGAAAAAUGGGAAAUACAGAAAGUAAUGUCACCAGUGGUGUUAAAAAACAAGCUGGAGCUUCUAUGCAAGCCAUUUAUAAGUUAUGCAACUUAAAAGGUGGUGGUUUACUAGUAGAACUUAUGAAAAGAGCCGCUCAAAAUAAACAAUAUGCUGAAAUAGACCAUGCAAUAAAAACCAAGGUUGAGCAGUUUCUUUACAAUAAAGGAGAAGGUCGUUAUUUUCCUAUUGCAGAUUUGGUUCUGUUGAGGAAUGCUGAAAGAGGACGUCACAAAUUGCUUCCUCCUUUACGAGCAAUGGAAAAUCCAGAAGAAUACGAAAUUGAUGAAAAUGCCCAAGAAGUAACGGAAGAGGAAUAUCGUAAAAAUCCACAUCUCUAUAGGCAUGUUUGUUGGAAAAUAAAAGAAAGAGGGGCAGUGGGAGAAACCAUUUUACAUCUAUGCCUUUUGAAUGCAACUUCUUUACACGCAGAUCUCGCAAAAAGACUUCUAAGAUUUUAUCCUAGACUUAUAAAUGAUAUUUACAUGUCAGACGAAUAUUACGGCGAAAAUGUCUUGCAUAUUGCGAUAGUUAAUGAGGAUCCUGGGAUGGUUAAGUACUUAUUGGACUCGGGAGUUAACUUUCAAGAACGUUGUUUCGGCAAUUUUAUGUGUCCAGAAGAUCAGAAAUCUUCAAGAACAGAUUCAUUAUCUCAUGAAUGGGUUAAUGUUUGCCCAGAAACAACUUAUGAAGGAUAUGUUUAUUGGGGUGAAUAUCCGUUGACAUUUGCUGCUUGUUUGGGACAAGAGGAGUCUUUCAGACUAAUAUUAGCUAGAGGAGCUGAUCCGAAUGCUCAAGAUACAAACGGAAACACGGUUUUACAUCUUUUAGUCAUAUAUGAAAAAUUGGAAGCCUUUGAUAUGGCAUACGAAGUUGGAUCAAAACUAUCAAUCAGGAAUAUGUUACACCUGACACCUUUAACAUUAUCCGCUAAACUGGCAAGAGUUGAAAUUUUCUUCCAUAUCUUGAACAUCGAACGAGAAAUCUACUGGCAAAUUGGUAGUAUUACUUGUGCAGCUUAUCCCCUAUCUCAAAUUGAUACUAUAGAUGUGGAAACAGGAAGAAUAAGUAAAAUGUCAGGGUUGAAUUUAGUUGUCUUUGGGGAUAAAGAUGAACAUUUGGAGCUUUUGGAUGGUGUUCUGAUUGAUUUAUUAAAAACGAAAUGGAACACUUUUGUGAAAUUCAAAUUUUAUAGGCAGUUUUUCACGUUUGCCUUCUACUUCUUGAUUUCGUUGAUAGCUUUCACAUUAAGACCAGGACCUCCCAUGCAUCAUGUUCAAAUAACAAAUACUACUAAUCUAACGAAAAUUUCUGCUAACCUUCUGAAUCAUACCAUAGUCGACUUCAAAAUCGAAAAUCUGACUACCAGCAAAGGGAUGAAAGAUGACGCUGGCAAUACAGAUAUGGAAGAAUGGUGGGAAAAUUUGCAGGAGGAAUGUAGGUUGAUGGAUCUAUCAUCCAGAGAUUCCCAAAUCAGAUUUGUUUGCGAAGUCGCAAUGACAAUAGGUGCGUUCAUUUACCUAGCAGCGGCUGUGAGAGAAGCGAGAUUUUUAGGUGGAAGAAUGUUUUUUGAAAACUUGAUGACAGCACCAUCAAGGGUGAUGUUUCUUUUCUCUUGUAUUCUGAUGCAAAUUGUACCAUGGUUGAGAUUGGCUUGUCAAGAUGAAUUCGAAGAUUUCAUUGCAGUUAUUAUAAUGCUUACAACUGCUCCAUACUUUUUAUUCUUUUGCAGAGGCUUCAAAACGGUAGGACCAUUCGUUGUUAUGAUUUACAGAAUGGUUAUGGGAGAUUUGAUCAGAUUCGCAACUAUUUACUUGGUGUUUGUUAUGGGAUUCUCACAAGCAUUUUAUCUGAUAUUCCUUUCCUAUGAUAAUCCGUUGACACCAGAUGAUGUAGAUGAUUCUGCAACAAAUCCAAUGUCUACACCUAUCGAAUCAAUAAUGGCUAUGUUUUUGAUGUCACUAACGAAUUUUGGCGACUAUUAUGGAGCAUUUGAGAAAACCGAACAUGAGAUUUUAGCCAAGUUUCUUUUUGUAAUGUUCAUGGUGAUAGUCUCAAUCUUACUGAUAAAUAUGUUAAUUGCUAUGAUGGGGAACACUUAUCAAAAAAUAGCAGAGACACGCAAUGAAUGGCAAAGACAGUGGGCUCGAAUAGUGUUAGUGGUUGAAAGAGGUGUGAGUCCUGAGGAGCGGUUAAAACAACUCAUGGUUUAUUCCCAACCAAUGUCAGAUGGUCGAAGAGCACUUGUACUCAGGUUGAAUCAAUCAAAUGAAGAUAAAGAAGAGAUGAAGGAAAUACUUGAGAUGAAGAGAAGACAUGACCGAAAUAUCAAAAAAAGGGAAGAACAGAAUCCACAAAAGGGAAUACUGAACAAAAUGGUUUAGUGGAAUAUUAAAGACAACUAGAUACUUUUACUUUAUAAUUAAAUGCAUAAAGAAAUUAGUUUAUUAUAUUUACAAAUUAUGUACACAUCAAAAUGAGAAUAAACAUUUUA